AUGAACGGAACCUUUUACGAGCAACUGGGUGGCGUUGCCGGUAUGUUUGAUCAGUGGGGUGCAUGCGAGAAGACCGUCUUGGCGUGUGCUUUGGCUAGACGUGUUCCCUGGCCCGGUCUGAAGUUGGUGCAGCGAGCGGUAGAAGCGGCGCUACAGAAUCACAUAGAGGAUGAAAGACUUGAACGUGACGCAAAUGAUGAGACGCUGUUAGCGAACUUGCUCACGCCAAGAACAGACGAUAUUGACGAUGAAGGAGGAGAUCAGUUACGGCAGCUAUUGACACUACUUCCCUUACUAAGGAUAGAUAAUGAGCGUGCAAAGGAUGUAUAUAUGACUGCCACUCCAGCCUUAGUACAACGAUGUGUGGACGCUCCCCGACGGUCUUCCAUCGCCCCUGACUUAUGCAGACAGCUACUGUCUUAUUUGUUAGUUCACCCAGCACUCACACAUCAUGACCAAAGCACCUUGACACAAUGGCUGCGCUAUUUAGAAAAUCAUAUUUCGGGCAAAAGAAACUCUGAAUCAGUUUGGCAUCAAAGGAUAGAUCCAUGUUUAUUGCCAGAGAACAACAUAUGGAGCUCGAGUAAUACUUUUAGACGCACCAUUGGUAAAAAUGUAGAAUUCAGAGGCCUGAUUGACACAGUAGAUUCAUGUUACACAGAUUUAUUACAAGAGUCCUUUUCUAAGAAUGGUAGAGAUGUAGACCUUAGCUUAGAAGGUGAAAAGCUAAACUUUGACAUUGCAAUAUCACAGCCCAAGUCUCAGAGAUCAAAUAGCUUAACACCACCUUCAAGCAAUUUUAUGCAAAUGUCAUCUUCUGCUGAAAAUCUUAGUGACGAGCCAUUUGUUCAAAAACCUCGAAGUUUUUCACUAUCCAGUGAGCACAGCUUGGGACAGAUAAGGCCAAUCAGCAUAAUGUAUGGAACGACAGGCAGUGAAACACGGUUAGAUGAGCUCAAAUCAAACAAUUACACAGAACAUCCUGGGAUGUCAACAGUAGCUCAGUGGCUAAAGAGUUUGAGAUUACAUAAAUAUGUAUGGCUAUUUACCAAUAUCACAUAUGAACAGAUGAUGUCAAUAGAUGAAAAAUAUCUAGAAGAGUUAGGCGUUACGAAAGGAGCGCGGCACAAGUUGCUCCUAUCCAUUAAGAAGUUGAAUGAACGCGCGUCGACUUUGGAAGCAGUAGAGGGUGAAUUGGCUGCAGGAGUGACGCCCGCGGCCGCUGCGCGAGCGCUCGAACGAUUGCGCGGCGUAUUGCUCAGCCCGAUGCCAGCUGCUUCUGACCUACCCAUCGCCAUAGUCAGGGCUUUGGACUUGGCAUCCAAAACUAUAAGCAAUGGGAUGAAUACUACGGCGCAGGUACCAACAUUGGCGCUCUCUGAUGAAAGCGAGCACGAAUCCCCCGUCGAUCCCAUGUCUUUGCAUUGUUGGCUGAUUGAAAAGGCACUCCAUCAUGAGGCAUUCAAUAGGCCGGAAUUGCAAGAGGCAUUGAAGAGGCUACGUCACCGUUUGCCUCCUAGGCAAUUCUUCCACCACGUAUCCGAUAUGCCCCUCAAUAGGCGAUGCCCGAAGCCCAGAUGGCGCGUACCCCACAACGGGUACCAGAAAGCGUUGCCUCGCCGUGCGUGGGCGCCCAGUAAACUAGGGCCGGCAGUGCCCCGCGGCAAGUCUCACUCCUACCCGCCGCCUCCCGCCCCGCGGCCCCCGGCGCCCGCCUCCCUCGCCGUAGACGACUACCCCGGCCUCGACGCGCUCUGUCUGCAGAUGACGGAGCAGGCCAUCAACUGA